UGCGGCCUAUUGACAACCAGAGCGACAGGGGUCCGUCUAUUGUCAGCACAAGUUACGAUGAGGUCAGGGAAUUUUACGUCCUUCACCUUGAUAAUGACCUUCAACCCGGAAGAUCAUAUGUAGUCGGGAUGAGUUUUCACGCCAAAAUGAGAACCGACGGGAAGGGUCUGUAUCUCAGUUCCUACAAGACGGACACGAAUGAAACCAUUUACUUAGCAUCCACCCAGUUCGAGGCACCUCAUGCGAGGAAUGCGUUCCCGUGCUUUGAUGAACCGGCUCUGAAGGCGACCUUUGACAUUACCCUGGUCAGGAAGACGACCACUGGACGGAACUACCGGACACUGUCUAAUACAGAAGUCGUGUCCAAUGAGAUCAGGGGCAACUAUACAGCUGAUACCUUUGCAACGACGCCGGUAAUGUCCACAUACCUCCUCGCCUUCAUCAUUUGUGACUUCGACCAGCUGGAAAAACCAACCUCAAACAUAACGUACCGGACGCUGGCACGUCCUAAUGCAAUACAACACGCCGGUCGGGCCCAGGAGUAUGGCAUGGAUUUGUUCGACUGGUACGAGAAGACCUUCGACCCUGACUAUCCCAUCACCAAACUUGAUAACAUCGCCAUCCCCAAUUUCGUGUCCGGCGCCAUGGAAAACUGGGGCCUCGUCACGUACAGGGAACGCCUUCUUUACGAAGAGGGCGUGUCCACCGCGUCUCAAGACAGCUGGGUUGCCGAGGUGAUCUCGCAUGAGAUAUCUCACCAGUGGUUCGGCAACAUUGUGUCACCCAAGUGGUGGUCCUGGCUCUGGCUAAACGAGGGUUUUGCCUCCUUCUGGGACAUGUUUGUGAUGGAGCAGUUUAUAGUGCAGUCGAUGUAUUUUGCGAUGUACAUAGACGGUAUGCAGACGUCGCACCCAAUGACGAACGACGUCGAGAGUAACGCUGAAGUGGAGCGCUCUUUCGACACAAUUACAUACCGCAAGGGAGCUUGUGUGGUUCGAAUGAUGCACUUCGUCAUGGGACACGAUCUUUUCAUCAGAGGGCUCAAUCGGUAUUUGAAGAGACAUCAGUACGGCGUUGCAGAGCAUAAGGACCUAUUCAACGCUCUGACAGAGCAAUCUGAAGCUGAAGGCACCCCUAUCAACAUGACAGAGAUCUUUGAACCCUGGGUCACUCAGAUGAACUAUCCUCUGGUCACUGUCAAGGUCACAGGUCCUGGAACCAUCAAUGUCCGCCAGGAACGGUUCCUCAACAACAUGAGCUCCAACACUACCGGGGACACCGCUCCCUUUGGCUACAAAUGGACAAUCCCUAUCACAAUCGCCUCCAGCAAGAACAACAGCAACCUCAACAAUGUGUACAGCUACAACGACAUUGCAUGGUUGGCUACGACAGAAGAAGAGAAAGACAUCAGCGACCCUAUUAUCCCCAACCCUUCACAGGAGAACUCGUGGGUUGUCGUGAAUGGGCAGCAGUCCGGUUUCUACAGGGUUAACUACGAGGAGAGAAACUGGAUGGCCCUAAUUAAACAACUAGAGACAGACCACACGGUGUUUCCACCAGCGACCCGCGCACAGAUCAUAAACGAUGCAUGGACACUUCAAGAAGCCGGUGUCGUGAAGCUGAGGAUUGCCAUUCGUACUUUGAAUUUCCUCAAAAACGACGUCGACUAUGUCUCUUGGCAUGCGUUGUCACAACAUUCCUACAUCCUCGCCAGAGCUUUGCAAGGUAGUGAAUACUACGGCGCCUAUAUGAUAAUAAUGUAA